UUUUUUUUUUCUUUUCCUCCCUCAUCUUCAUCUCCACAGCUUACAUUGUCACAAUUUUGAAUCAUCCUGCUACUGACUUAACAUACUUAACAUUUUUAUCAAACUUUUCCUGUUUUCUGUCCUCCGUCCAUUUACGCCCUUGUUUUUAAACAGUUUUGAAAUCGCAAUGGGAAGCGGAACAACAACACCAAAUGGUCCAUCUAGACGUGGUUCGAUUGAAAGAGAAAGAAAGAAUGAGAAAAUGCCAACCAAACUGAGGAUUUAUUGCAUUGUUGAGGGAGAAGCAACAUCUUUUCCUGUCAGGAUUUUCCCCGAUUGUUCAGUUGGUGAACUCAAGCAAGCCAUCAAGGCAGCGAAGAAGCCAGAACUCGAUCAUGUUGCCGCAGACAAGCUCACGCUUUGGAGAGCAGUCAACCCCAAGAGAGACAGGGACGAUAAAGUAGAUUUUGAUGGCACCGUUGACAAGACAGAGCUCGAUGACGAGAUGGCACUUCUUUCUGAGCUGGACGAGCUGACCAGCCGAAGGACAUAUGUUAUUGUCAAGCCGCCGCCGCCAGUUCAAAACAGCUCUUUAUGUUUGAGAUGUAUCAUGGCUAAACUAUCUAACCAGGGGCGGCUUUGGAUUUCUUUAUAAAAAGAAUUUGAAAAGUCGCCCCAUGGUUCGUGCGUAUACUCUGACUCUCACUGUCCUCUCGCGAGUCUUUUUACUUGAGCUUAUUUCGGCUCCCCACCGCCCUAUCGCAUACAAGUACUUUUAUCAAGGCCUCCUAUCUAACUAUCCUCUUGUUGUUUUUUGCGUGGAUUUUAAACAGCCCCAAGAAGUCCAAAAAGGAACCUAGAAGACACAGAAGACGGAGGUUUAGAAGGUGAGUUCAUCCCACUCAUAGUUUUGAUGAUUCUUGAGAAA